AACUGAACCGAAACUUUUAUAGAAGAAUCCGGAACUGUAACAAACACGAUCCGGGUGGAGAAAGCUGUUGACUUGCUGCAGUCUUGCAGGCGAAGAUUGAGCCGGCGUAGGCAGCGACAGGGCAACCGGAGAUGGCGUCGCCGCCGCCGCGCGUGUGCGUGACCGGAGGCGGCGGAUUCGUCGGCUCGUGGCUCGUCAAUCUGCUCCUCUCCCGCGGCUACGCCGUCCACGCCACCGUCCGCGACCCAAGCAAUCCGAAGAACGCCUUCCUGAAGCAGCUGGACAGGGCCUCGGAGAACCUGCGCCUCUUCAAGGCCGACGUCCUCGACUACGACUCGCUGACGGCCGCCUUCGCGGGGUGCGAGGGGGUCUUCCACCCGGCCUCUCCGGUGCCCGGAUACAAGAUGGAUGAUCCUGAGAAAGAGGUGUUGGCUCCUACUGUCAGGGGCACUACAAAUGUGCUCGAGGCUUGUUCAGCAGCGAAUGUUCAGAAAGUCAUCGUGGUCUCGUCCGUUGCUGCUUCUUGUUUUGAUCCAAACUGGCCUGAAGAGAGACUCAAGGACGAGAGUUGCUGGUCAGACAAACAGAUCUGCAAGGAAACUGAGAACUGGUAUUCUCUUGCCAAGACUGAAGCAGAAGAGAUAGCCCUGGAAUACGGAAAGAGAAACGGAUUGCAUGUUGUUAUAAUUUGCCCUGGUCUGGUUUUUGGCCCACUGUUGCAGCAUGUGGCAGUCAAUACCAGCAGCAAAGUUCUUCUAUACAUCAUAAAAGGAGGCCCUGACACAAUGAACAACAAAUUCUGGCCCUUAGUUGAUGUUCGCGACGUUGUCGAUGCUAUGCUCCUAGCAUACGAGAAGGCAGAAUCAUCUGGGAGAUACAUCUGCUCGUUGGACCAAAUGGACCUAAAGGAUUUGGUAGUUCUGAUGAAGAGCAUGUACCCUAACUACAACUACGUAGACAAAAUGAUCGAUGUGGAUUACAAGGCCAAAAUGACAUCAGAUAAACUGAAGAACCUGGGGUGGAGACCGAGAAAGCUGGAGGAGACGCUCGCGGAUAGCGUUCAGUAUUUCGAAAAGGCUGGACUUCUUCAGGAUGCAGAUGGGGAGCCUUGCCGACUCCCCUAUUUUUACCGCGUGACAGCCGAGGAAUGAACGGGAUACUGAACACACUGCAGCCGAGGAAUGAAUUUGGAUCGACUAUAGAUCGAGUGAGGAGUACGUACUGUUGGAGGAAUGAAUUGAGAGUCAGGAGUAUAUAUAUAUCCUGGUUCAGAUAUUCUGUAUCUAUUAAACAGACUGUAGCAAUAAAAUUCGGGACAUAAAAUUCCAAGUUAUGUACUAUUCAAAUUAUGAAUUUUUACAA